AUGGGAACACAUGUGAACAAGAGAAAUUCAGUCUGCAGUAGGCAGAGAUUUGAUUUUAACGUCGGGCGCUGUAAACUUCAGAGAGAGGUACGUGUGGCAAUGAGUCAGAAAAACAUGGAAACACCCGGACCUUCUUCGUAUCAACCACCAGUGGAACAACUGAAAGCUGAGACUCUGUGCUCACAGGACACCAGUAUCUCUGCAUUCUUUAAUCCAAGUGUCUCUCAUGAAGCAAAUUGGCAUGAAAGCAGUGGACCCAAAACUGCCUCUCUUCUUUCCCUUCUCUACCUAAUUUUCAUCUCCCUUGUGGGUGUUGCCAUCCUUUUGUCUGAGAUGCCAUGCCAUCUCCCACACAGCCCUCGAGCCCAUGGUUUCCUUAUGUUACUUAUGCUGGGCACCUCGGCCUGGAUGCUAUGCUUUGUAUUGGAAUUUAGGAAAAAGAAAAAAGAACAACUCUUUCAAGACCACCAUGCUGGAGCCAGCUGGCUUAAAGCUGGCCUGGCUCUCUUUGCCUUGGUGACUCUCAUCUUGGACUGUGUUUAUUUUGGCUACCAACAGGAGAUUCUCCAGUGCACCUCCCCACUGAUGGUGGCUUUCCCAUUAGUGCAGGCAAUGUAUACUAUCAUGCAGGUAUUUUUUCUACUUUCAUUUGCUAAAAUCUGCAUUCAAGAUCACUGCUGCUUCCACAGAUUUGGCUUGAUGCACUCUUUAGCUACAAAUAUUCUACUAUGGAUGAAUGCAGUCCUGGAUGAAUCCUCAAAUCACCUCAAGGACCUCUUUAAUGUAUUAGUGGAAGAGUGUCAGAACCAGACCAACAUUACAGAUGCCCUGAGCAGUUGUUCCUGUUCGUCUGACCUGUGUCAUGUUUAUCACAAAGCGGUCACCUACCUGCAGCCCUUCAAUAUUGAAUUUAGCCUUUUCUCCUCUGCCUUGCUCUAUGUAAUGUGGAAAAACAUUGGACGGAUAUCCGAACACUUCAAAGUCCCAGAUAAGACAGAACAUCAACUCAGAUUCCGCAUUAAUACAGCUUUUCCCGGAUUGCUGUUGGGUGGUGUGGUUUUGUCUGCUACCCUGGGUUGCAUGAUUGCAUCUGGUGUGCUUUUCAAAGCAGAAGAUACCUUAGCACGGUCUUUACAGACAUAUUAUAUUUUUAACUUAACUCUGCUUUCAUUAAUGUUUUUGGCAUCAUGUGUGGGUUCAAUAACCCACAGAUUCAAAAAGAAGCCAGCUUUCACCAUCAGGACAAAAAAUAUAGUGAGACACCUGGAUAUAACACUUCUUAUAAGCUGCUCUUGUGGGCCAAUGAUCACUUCUGUAUUCUCAAUGACUGCUUUGUUCUUCUCGCCACCUUUGGGAUUUUUAAGCUCCUUGAAUCUGUUUUUCUCCAUAUUUAAAAUAUUACAGAUCCUGGGGCAGAAUCUCUUUAUCACUGAAGCACUAUUCUGUGUACCUGGGAAAAACAAAGAAUUUAGUGAAACUCACUGGAAUUAUUUGGAAUCUCCACAGUCCACUCCACAGUUCACAAAUGUUGGAGUUGUUAAUGAGGCAUUUGAGAAUGAAACUAAAUGCAGUUUGUCUUCCACAUCAGACAAAAACCUCCAGCUGAAGAUGGCAGAAGCAAAACAAUGCCAAAUGACUUUGCUUCAAAAUAUGCCUUGCAUGGUAACAACUGUCCCUCUACAGACCUUCUCCUUGCCUACAGGAAGGAAAGGCAGAUUAACAAGUGUCAGAGCGAAGAUAAUACAAAAUAUUUCUGCAUUUCUCCUUCUUAGUAACAUUGCUGUGUGGAUUCUGUACUCCUAUGGAACACGUCCUCAUUUGGUCAGCAAGACAGAGCGGGACUUCUAUGGUUCAAUUCUCUGGACAAUGGUGGUCAAUUCCUGCCAGCCCCUUGGCAUCUUCUAUCACAUGCACUCAGCGGCCAGCCUGUUUGAGGUGUACUGCAAAUCCUUAAAAAAUUGAUGACCAGUUUUACACCAUGUCUUCCCAAGAUGUACCGUUGCUAUUAUAUGCAUGUUUGUUUGCUUUACUGAGGAGAAAAUACAAAAAAAGAAUUUAACUGUCUUGUGACAUAUAGCAAUAAAACAAGUAACUAACUAACUAACAAAUCAAAUAAUGUGACUACAAUAGAAAAGUAA